ACAUAAUCCAGUAGCUUGCCCAGACGUGCAUGUUCUUGGCUCAGACGGAGGGGAGUGAGUUUCCUUACACUGAGAAUAGAGCUCCUCGCUUAUUAUCUCCUACGCAGAGAGAAAGCCCUCAACUACUACUCAAGGCUUCCUCGCUCCUCGCUCCUCAAUGGUCAUAGACCAGACAAGUGUCAUCUCCAAUUUCGGGACACCAAAUUACGGCUUGAGCUUAACUUUUUUAACUUGAUUUUUUUACUCUGUGAAUCAUAUUUACAUUUUAAAAACUGUCUGACUUGGGAGGGAGAGCCGACUCGACACACCUGUUUUUAGAAUGAGCUACCUGCACGGUCUGACAUUCAUUUAGUCACCCAAGACCAACAGCCUGGAGGCACCACUGGGGGUGUUGGGUCAUCUAGAGUCACCGGGACCAUCUACAACCUCAAGGACCAGCCUCAUCCACAAGGCACAGGACUGGAAAGCUCACACAAGGUCAGGGAGACGGGGAAACUGGCUGACAUAUGGAAAUUUUAGUCUGAGGAUCUCUGGAAGUCAAAUCAGGACCCUUCAUCUGCUGACAAGCACAUAUCUCCGAGUCCUAACCCAAGGCUCAGCAAUGUUCCUCAUCGUUAUCUGCUCCGCUCUUCUUUCAGCAGGUUUCGCCCUGGAGUGUGAAGUGUGUUUCGGAAUAAAUUCCAACACCUGUAGCGGCCACUACGAGACCUGCAAAUCUGACCAGGACCGAUGUAUUGUGACUCUCACAGAGAUGUCGAUGACUGACGGUGAAAACACUUACAAAAGUGCCGAGCUGGAAAAGUCUUGUGCCAGCUCCUAUGACUGCACACACCCGGCUACCUUAAACGCCAAAGACUUCAAAGUAAGAGUGACAAGAAAAUGCUGCGAUAAGGAUUUCUGCAACAACGACACUAUCACCUGGAACAUACUGGAAUCAAAAUUUAACGGGGUGACCUGUGAAUCCUGUUUUUCAAGAGGUUCUCACUCUUGUUCUACAAAAACACCCAUUAACUGCACCGGAGAUGAGACGCACUGUGUCCAUUAUUUGGCACAGAGGGAUGGAGGAUCCCCAAUCAGUGUGGCUGGUUGUGCUUCAGAGAGCAUGAAGAAGUCCGGAGGAAAAGCUGCUUUUCGAGGAUCUUCUGUUAUUGUCCGAAACAGCGGAUCAUCAUGGAGACACAAUACAUAUGUCCUGGUCUGGGUGGCUGCGAUAGCCAUAUUGUGCCUAUUUUUUCACUGACAGCAUAUAGAGCAGCCUUUCUCAACCUUUUCACUUCAGAGGAACCCCUAAAAAAAAAAAAAAAGUCAGGUCUUCAUGAGCCCCUUUCAAAACCCACCAAUUGGGAGUCAAUGGGGAAAUGUCGCAAUAGGAAGAAACACAACUUUUACGAUGGAGGUUAGAAUGCCACAAAAAGAUAAUUGGGUCAUGCCACUGGUUUUGACAAGUAGUGUUGGUUUUGGAACUAUGCAGGCACCAUCAAAUGGGAGGUCAAUCAGUCCCAGUUCAAUGAACCCCUAGAAUCCUUUGGGGGAACCCUAGGGUUCCACACAACCCUGGUUGAGAAUGGCUGUGAUAUAGAGGGUAUCUGUGAGACUUUAUCAGGACUUUGCCAAAACUAUGACAACAAUUAAUACAAAACCAUUGAUAAGAAGACUUUUGGUUGCAUGCAGCACUUAUACUAAAGUCUAAUUUUACACACAUGUAGUGACCGUUACAUCCCAUUAAAGAUCAGGUAAAGAAAA